AUGUUCAACCAUCUCCUCGACCAGGUGUCCCAGCUCUACCCCCCCGAGCCAUCCUUUACGGAGUCCUCCCUCCCGGUGUACAUCGUCACAGGCGCCAGCGCCGGCGUCGGCAAGGAACUCGCCCGCAUGCUCUACUCCAAAAACGCACGCGUCUACGUAGCCGCCCGCUCCGAGGAAAAGGCCCUCGCCGCCAUAGCCGACAUCGAGUCCUCGCAGCCCUCGUCGGCCGGCGCCCUCGUCUUCCUGCCCCUCGACCUCGCCGACCUGGCCACCAUCGCCGCCUCGGCCCGCCGCUUCCUCGACCGCGAGCCCCGGCUCCACGUGCUCUUCAACAACGCCGGCGUCAUGAGGCCGCCCAAGAACUCCCUCACCAAGCAAGGCUACGAGCUGCAGCUCGGCGUCAACAACCUCGGCGCCUUCCUCUUCACCAGGCUCCUCUCCCCGCGCCUCGUCGACACCGCCAAGUCCGAGGCCCCCGGCACCGUCCGCGUCGUCUGGGUCGCCUCCUCCGCCGCCGAGGCGCCCCAGGUGCCCCGCGGCGGCGUCCGGCUCGACGACAUGGCCGACCGCCCCCGAAAGGGCCCCUUCGCCAGCUACGCCCUCAGCAAGGCCGGCAACUACCUGCACGCCGUCGAGAUGGCCAGGCGCUACAGGGACCGCGGCGUGCUCAGCAUCCCCCUGAACCCGGGCAACCUGGACUCGGAGCUGUGGAGGACCCAGACCCCGCUUGUGUCGAGCCUGCUGAGGACCUUUGUGCUGCACCCGCCCAGGUACGGCGCCCUCACGGAGCUGUUUGCCGGCCUGUCGGAUGCCGUCACCCCAGACAGGUCCGGUGCUUGGGUUGGGCCCUGGGGCCGAUUCCUGACCAUACGAAAGGACUUGCAAAACGCAGUCGACGACGGCACCUCCAAGGCAUUCUGGGAUUGGACCGAGGAACAGGUGAAGCAGUAUGAGACACCGGCCAAUUAA